AGGGAAGAGGGGUACAUGGGAGGAGGGAACGGCCUCGUCGACGGCUUCCGCCGCCUGUUCCACCGCCGCACGCCCUCGGGCUCCGUGCCCGGCUCCUCCAACCAGUCCUCCGCCGGCGAGGACUUCUCCUCCUCCGACGUCGACGACCUGGAUCUUGUUGGCCUCCGCGCCAUCCGCGUCCCCAAGCGCAAGAUGCCGCUCCCCGUCGAGACCCACAAGAAGAAUGCACUGGAAAAAGAAUUCUUCACUGAGUAUGGAGAGGCAAGCCAGUACCAAAUCCAAGAAGUCAUCGGCAAGGGGAGUUAUGGAGUAGUUGCUGCUGCAGUAGAUACCCGCACCGGUGAGCGGGUUGCGAUUAAGAAGAUCAAUGAUGUGUUUGAGCACGUGUCGGAUGCCACACGCAUUUUGCGUGAGGUCAAGCUCCUUCGGCUGCUCCGUCAUCCGGACGUAGUAGAGAUCAAGCACAUAAUGCUCCCCCCUUCUCGGAGGGAGUUCCAAGAUGUAUAUGUUGUUUUUGAGCUCAUGGAGUCGGAUCUCCAUCAGGUCAUCAGAGCCAAUGAUGACCUCACAGCGGAGCAUUACCAGUUUUUCCUUUACCAACUUCUCCGUGCGCUCAAGUACAUCCAUGCCGGGAAUGUAUUUCACCGUGAUCUAAAGCCCAAGAAUAUACUGGCCAACUCGGACUGCAAACUGAAAAUUUGUGACUUUGGACUUGCACGUGUAUCAUUUAAUGAUGCUCCUUCAGCUAUAUUUUGGACGGAUUAUGUAGCAACAAGGUGGUACAGAGCACCUGAAUUAUGUGGCUCCUUUUUCUCCAAAUAUACUCCCGCUGUUGAUAUAUGGAGUAUUGGAUGCAUAUUCGCUGAGCUUCUCACUGGACGACCACUUUUUCCUGGGAAGAAUGUCGUCCACCAGUUAGAUAUAAUAACAGAUCUUCUUGGAACUCCAUCAUCAGAAACCUUAUCGCGGAUUCGAAAUGAGAAGGCCAGGAGAUACUUAAGUUGUAUGCGGAAAAAACAUCCUGUCCCCUUGACUCAGAAAUUUCCUAAUGCUGAUCCGUUGGCGGUUCACUUACUAGGACGUUUACUUGCAUUUGAUCCUAAAGACCGGCCUUCAGCUGAAGAGGCUUUGGCUGAUCCAUAUUUUGCAACUCUUUCUAAUGUGGAACGUGAGCCUUCAAGAAAUCCAAUUUCGAAACUUGAGUUUGAGUUUGAGAGACGAAAGGUGACGAAAGAUGAUGUUAGAGAAUUGAUUUAUCGAGAGAUUCUGGAGUAUCAUCCACAGAUGCUGCAGGAAUACAUGAAAGGUGGAGAACAGCUUAGUUUCCUCUAUCCAAGUGGGGUUGAUCGCUUUAAGCGACAGUUUGCACACCUGGAGGAGCAUUACAGCAAAGGCGAACGAGGUUCUCCACUGCAAAGAAAGCAUGCCUCCUUACCAAGGCAGAGAGUAGGUGCAUCGAAUGAUGGUAAUAAUGAACAGCAUCCUAGUGAUCAGGAGCUGGGUGCAGAUCCUGAUGCCCAAAGCCCUCCAAGGUCACAGGACCCAGGGCAGCAGCAUCCCGGUGGCCAGAAUGGCGUGAGCCCCCGGAGCUACCAGAAGAGCGCGAGCAUUAGCGCUUCCAAGUGUGUUGUUGUCAAUCCGAAUAAACAACGAGAGUAUGACGAAGAAAUCUCUGAGGAAACGGAGGAGGCCAUCGCUGAACUAUCCGAAAAGGUCUCCAAGAUACACCCCUAGUGCAACAACAACAAUAAGGACGACGAAAAUGGAUCUUGGCACCGCAUUUCUGUCACGUACACCACAUGCUGAUAGUACAGUAGUGCAGUCCUAUACUCCUAUGGAUGCAGAACACUGCACUGCAAGUUUGGAUCUUGGGCGCCGCAGCAGCCCUUCCUUAUGUGAGUGCAUGCUCCUGCCAUGCAUAGUUGUUGAUUGCAGGAGCCUGGCCCAGCAUGGAUAAUUGUAUUUUUACACUCAAGAUCAGAUGUAAACUUGAGAUUAGUUCAUAGAGGAAUGCUCUGAGGUCUUCAUUUUCCUACGGGACCUAUCAUCUAUGCAUGAUUGUAACCAGCUGAGCCUCCAUCUGAACAUUGUCAUGUUUUCCUCUGGAGAGUCCUUAAUAGAUCAAAAAACUUUGCUGCUUUGCA